GCGGCGUUGCUACUAGCAUACACCGGGGCAGGUUGGUUCUCCUGAAGCCGCACAUCGGUUGUCUUUCUCCCGCACGGACCCACACACAACCACCGCUCAUGCCUGGAAUUCUGCUCGGCGAUGAAUUCCCCAACUUUGAGGCCGACACCACCAUCGGCAGGAUUAAAUUCCACGACUUCCUGGGCAGCUCGUGGGGCAUGCUGUUCUCCCACCCGAAGGACUUCACGCCCGUCUGCACCACCGAGCUGGCCUGCGCCGCCAACAUCAGCGACAAGUUCACCAAGCGCGGCGUGAAGAUGAUCGCCUUGUCCGUGGACAGCGUGGAGGACCACCGCAACUGGGGCAAGGAUGUGAUGGCGUUCAACAGCCAGGCCGCCAGUCCUCUCCCCUUCCCCAUCAUUGCCGACGGCACCAGGGAGCUGGCCACCCAGCUGGGCAUGUUGGACCCCGACGAGAUCGACAAGGACGGCAUCCCGCUCACCGCUCGCUGCGUGUUUGUGGUGGGGCCUGAUAAGCGACUGAAGCUGUCCAUCCUCUAUCCCGCCACCACGGGGAGGAACUUUGACGAGCUGCUGCGAGUUAUCGACUCCCUGCAGCUGACGGCGCAGAAGAAGGUGGCCACCCCUGCCAACUGGAAGCCCGGUGACAAAGUCAUGGUCCUUCCAAACGUCUCGGACGCUGAAGCGGCUAAACUGUUCCCUAACGGUGUGACCACUAAAGAGGUCCCGUCCGGGAAGAAAUACCUGCGCUACACUAAGAUCUGAAGACCACACGUGGAAAAUGUGUCAGAAGUAGAACCACCCAAAACACAAUGGAAGCCCAUAAAGCCACACAUUUAUUACUAGGUCCAACAAUAAAGCAGGGUUAUCAUGAAAUAGUGCCUUUUGUAACGCCAUCUCAUAAUAAACUUUGCACAGAAACGCU